AUGGCCGCGUGGGGAAGGAGGCGUCUGGGCCCGGGCAGCAGCAGCGGCAGCGCCCGAGAGAGGGUAACCUUGUCAGCCACAGACUGCUACAUCGUGCACGAGAUCUACAAUGGUGAGAAUGCCCAGGACCAGUUUGAGUAUGAGCUGGAACAGGCCCUGGAAGCCCAAUACAAGUACAUUGUCAUUGAGCCCACCCGAAUUGGUGAUGAGACAAAGUUGUGUUUUACAUUCAAAAAACAUUUAUUUCUCAACAUCUUCGAAAUAUCAGUCUUUCUUCAAACUCUUGCUGUGAUACACAGCGUUGAGAUGAUCAAAAAUUUCACAUUAGUAUCUGGAAUCAAAUUGGGGCAUGAACUCUACGACACCUGCACAGAAGUCACUGUGGCAAUGGCAGCAACACUGAGAUUGCUUUCUAAACUCAGCUGCUCCAGAGAAACUGUGGCAUUUCAGUGUGACUACUCCAGCUACAUGCCAAGAGGCAAGGCUGUCGUAGGUGCUGGCUACUCAGAAAUAACCAUGACUGUCUCCAGGAUGCUGAACGUACAGCUCAUGCCCCAGGUAAGCUAUGAAUCAACUGCAGAAAUUCUGAGUGGCAAAAUUCAUUUCCCUUCAUUUUUAUGGACUGUGCCCAGAGACUUCCAUCAAACUAAAGCAAUGGCUCAACUGAUUCAGAAAUCUGGAUGGAGCUGGAUUGGUGUCAUAACCACAGAUGACAAUUACGGACAACGGCUCUUGGCACUUUCACAGUCCAGGCUGCAGCAAAUAAUGUGUAUAGCUUUCAAAGAAGUUCUCCCAGCCUUCCUCUCUGAUAAGACCUUUGAAGUCAAGAUCAAUCAGACCCUUCAGAAAAUCAUCACAGAGCCCCAGGUUAAUAUCAUUGUAGUAUUUCUGAGGAAAGUCCACGUUUUCAAUCUCUUCAAUAAAGCCAUCGAAAGUAAUAUAAAUAAGAUGUGGAUUGCCAGCGAUAAUUGGUCGACUGCUACCAAGAUCAUCACCAUUCCCAAUGUUCAGAAAGUUGGCAAAGUUGUGGGAUUUGGCAGAAGAAGGGAUAUGUCAUCUUUCCACUCCUUUCUUCAAACUCUGCACAGGUAUCCAAAUGACAACAAGCUCCUCCACGAAUAUGCCAUGCUUUCUUCUGCCUGUGAAUGUGUCAACAACAGUGAUUUGAGUUGAUGCACUUCCAACCAUUCUCAUGAAAUACUGACCUACAAGGUUCACAAAGCUGAGGAGAGGAACUUGUCCGUGAGAAACAGCUUCCUCUGGUGCUACAUGGAACCAGGGCUUGUUGGCGGUGGGCAGCUUGUGGUGUUUGCCCUUGCUUAUGCUCUCUGGGCUCUGUGCCACACUCGGAGCCAUUGGAACCCCCACACCUUCCAGCCAUGGGCGUUACUUGAUGUGCUGAAAAACGUGACCUUCAUAGAUGGAGGGAAUUCUUUCCAUUUUUAUGCCAAUGGGGACUUGAACACUGGAUACGAUAUUGUCCUGUGGAAAGAGACCAAUGGCCAGAUGACCAUCACCAAGGUAGCAGAAUAUGACCUGCAGGAUGAUGCCUUUGUCCUCACAAGCCAAGAAACAAGAAAAGAAUUCAGAAAAUCCAAGCAGAUUCUGUCUAAAUGCCCCAAAGAGUGCAGCCUAGGACAAAUGAAGACGAUGACGAGAAGCCAACAUUGCCACGACUGUGUCAGCUGCCCCGAACAUCUCUACAGCAGUCAGACAGACAUGGACCACUGUCUCCUGUGUGACAAUGAAACUCACUGGGUGCCUGCGAGGAGCCCCACGUGCUUGGAGAAGGAGGUCAAAUUCCUUAACUGGGGUGACUCCUUGGCUGUCCUGCUGGUGGCUCUCUCCUUUCUGGGAAUCGUCUUCGUCCUGGCUGUUGGCAUAAUAUUUACUUGAAACCUGCACACACGUGUGAAGUCUUCCGGGGAUACUGCUCUGCUAGUGACCCUCCUCUGCCACUUCCUCAACUUUGCCAGCACUGGCUUCUUCACCGGAGAACCACAAGACUUCACACGUAAAACCAGGCAGACAGAAUUUGGUGUGAGCUUUAUUCCAUGUGUCUCCUGCAUUUUGAUGAAGUCCUUGAAAAUUCUGCUGGCUUUUAGCUUUGACCCCAAGUUGCAGGACUCCCUGAGGUGCCUCUAUAAGCCAGUUCCCAUUGUCCUCACGUACACAGGAGUCCAAGUCCCCAGCUGUGCACUCUGGCACUUCGUGGCACCUGUGGUGGAGGAGAAUGUAACCCUGCCCAGGGUCGUCAUACUUGAGUGCCAUGAGGGGUCAGUGCUGGCCUUUGGCAUCAUGCUGGGCUACAUUGCUAUCUUAGCCUUCAUUUGCUUCCUAUUUGCCUUCAAAGGCAAGAAGCUGCCUGAGAAUUAUAACGAAGCCAAAUUCAUAACCUUCGGCAUGCUCAUUUACUUCAUAGCAUGGGUCACUUUCAUCCCAGUCUAUGCUGCCACAUUUGGCAGGUAUCUGCCCACUGUGGAGAGUCUCGUCAUCUUAAUAUCUAACUAUGGGAUCCUGUGCUGCACCUUCUUCCCCAAAUGCUAUGUCAUUCCCUGCAGACAGGAGACUAACACAAAGUCAGCCUUCCUCCAAUUGGUUUAGUUGGUUUAUAGCUACUCUUUGCACAGUGCCGACAGCCUCACUGUGAGUCACACACCACUGAACUCCACCAGCAGCAGCUUCAUGAAGAGCCACACCAGCCCCGGUGGCAAGCACGCAGCCAAGUUUUUGCCUCAGAAAAGAAGUUUGGGUUAUAUGAGCUCAUGGCACCUCUUUCAUCUGGAGUUAGCCUAUAGUUUAUCACCCAACUCCAGCUUCUCUCACUUCUCAGACCUCCUUGCACAGCACCCUCUCUCCUCUUAG